GAUAAGGUUAUUGCACGACAUUUUAUUUCCCUCAUGUGGUAGACGCGCGUGCUAAAAAGUGUUAAAAUGUCUUUGGUGAAAGUUUCGGUGGAAAAUGUGGCUUCGAACGACAAAAUUUUGCACGAGAUCGACACGGGGAAAAGUCUGGAGGAGAACAUCGACGAUAUUCGCCGGAUUUUCCAGCUUCCAGCAAGUAUGUACGGAUUGAAACUCGUGAGUACCAACGACGGGAAAACUCUGCACACUUACAUUUCGGCCGACAAUUUCGGCGAGAUCAAAGACGGCUACUUUUUGAAACUGGUAUAUUCGUUGGGGUUACUCUCCAACCGAAUUUUUGACCACAUAGAUGACGAUUUCAAGGAAAAAAGCUUCCAAGACUUGUACGAACUGAGCGUGGACCCAGAAUUUAUCAAAGAAAUCGUAAAAACUGAAAAACACCACGUCGUGAUGGACGUCUUCACAAACAGAGAUUUAUCAGAAAAAGAAGCCACGGCUUGUUUGAUCGCAAUAGUACACUUAUUCCAAAAACUAUACAUCACGGACAUCAACCAAAAAUUUUUGGACAAAAUUAUAGCGAUAACAAAAACUGCCAAGAACCACGAACUAACAAAAUUUGCUUUGUCUGUCAUUCACAAAAUUUUGUGUCAUCGAGACCCCACUUUUGCUAAAUGGAAAGAAGAAACGAUCCACCAGAUUACGAUCUCCGAUUUUAUGGUUUUUAUUAAAAAUAAGGGGGCUGCGGAGCUCCAGUAUGGCGCUAUAUUGGUAAUAAAUGCACUGAUUAGGUGCUGCAAGGGCGAAAAGCGGCACCAGUUUAUUAAAGAAAUAGAUAAACGAUCUUUUAGGGAAACAGUUUACGAAAAUAUUAUAGCACGAGGCAAUGUCGACAAGAAUAUGGCUCAUGAGCUGUACUUGUAUCAGACUCAUCUACUAAGUCUCCUUGCAGAACCCCUCACCAGCGUCGUCCCAGAAUCGGACCUAUUUUUCCGCGACGAAUUCGAACCCCUCGACUGCGAAAUGAAAAAAAUGACCCUGUUAAUGGACUUCGACGAGCCUUCCACCAGACACAAAACGGCUUCUUUCGACAACUUACUAGAGUACGACGACGUUCGUAUCUCUCUAGCGUCCAUGUCCUCCAGAUACAGCGAAGACUCGCGAUACUCCGCCAGAGUCCAGAGCACCGCCACCAACGAAAGCAUCGAGUACGAACACUUGAAGCCCUGCCUCUUAACCAUCGAAGCCCUCAGACACUACAAGAAGCACCACAACAAGAACUUCUACCAAUCGCAAGUCGAGGAAAAAAUCUACGAGCCCGGCAUCAUCGCGUCCAGCGAGAGAGUUGUGCGAAUGUUGGCAAAAAUUCUGCAUGUUGGAAUGGACCCAGACAGGAGUAGUGCUUGCUAUCAACCAACUAUUUUUACGUGCUCGUCCAAAACCCCGUUCUUUUUCGAGCUCUUCUCGAGGACCAUGUGGCUUCUUUCGAAAACGCGACGCGAAAUGAAAGCUUCCACCAUUCACGACUACGAUAAAGUCGUCUACGUCUUAUCAAAGCAAGUAAAGCUUGUCUUAGACGAGAAACCCAUGGACUUGAAAAAAUUAACUGAAAAGUUCGCGCAAAUUAGCUAUCAGACGGUCAUGGAGAUAUGGCAGAAAGAAAAAGAAGAAGAGUUGAAGAACGUUUUUGAACACAAUCCAAGUGUCAAAGUUCUAAAAAAGCGCUUCCGGAAACAAAACGAACAAAUAAUUUACAAGCAGCGGAUGAAUUAUAUUAAAACGGGAACUAUGUUUCCGAAAAUUAUCGAAAAGAAAAUCAACGGAAACUUUGUUGCUAAGUUGGCCCCAGACGAACGCAAUUUGCUUGUCAACGAUUACAACGUCAUCACUAAAACUGCAGGCGACGUACAAGUGCAUUCCCUCGCUGACGUCACACAUAUAGUGGAGGGGAAGGCUUGCCCUCACGUCAUCAACAACACCGUGAAGGACCCCCAACUCGCCUUUUCCAUCCUUCUUAAUAACAGCUUCUGGAUUAACUUCAAAGGUGCCGAUAAAAAAAUGGCGAGUUAUUGGUGUGACGCUCUAAAUUUGCUGCUACACAAAGACAACCGGAGUUCUUAUUAUGAAAAUGAAUUGAAGGAAUUGGUGGAAAUGGAUUUGGUUUUGCAUUUGAUUGAACUGCAGAAUGUGACGAUACCGAAAAAGGCGCCCCCUGUGCCAAGGCCACCGUUCGAAAUGAAACCUGUGGUUCCGCCGAAGCCUAAGAAUUAUCCAGGCGGCGGGGUUAAGUGAAAAUUUAGGAACGAGUUGGCUUAAAUCUUAUUAUUUUACAUAUUUUUACAUUUAUGAUAAUAAAUUUUUUAUACUUUA